UAUCAGCAUUAUAUUAUAAACAAAAUAAAAAGCAUACUACUAUUAUCACAUUUUUCAAUUUAAUGUUCAUAACUUUAGAAAUUAUUUACGGAAUUGACUGAAUCUUUAUGGUAGUAAGAUAUUUUUAUAAAAUUAUUACCAACAUAAUCUUAAUUUCAUCAUGUCUCAUACCAUUUUGUUGAUUCAACCGGGCAAUAAACCUGAGACUAGAACUUAUUCUGAUUACGAGUCUGUCAAUGACUGUAUGGAAGGUGUAUGCAAAAUAUAUGAAGAGCAUUUAAAAAAACUCAAUCCUAAGUCUGUAUCUAUUACAUAUGAUAUAACUCAGCUUUUCGAAUUUAUUGACCAUUUGGCUGACCUUUCAUGUCUUGUGUAUCAAAAAAGUACCAUGACGUAUGCUCCAUACAAUAAAGAUUGGAUUAAAGAAAAAAUUUAUGUAUUGCUCAGAUGCCAAGCCAAUCAACGUCAGUAAGAAUAUAAAACUUAUUAUUAAUAUUUGGUUUUCCUAUGAUAUAUAAAUGACGCAGAUUAAUUUAAAAUAAAUUAUCUAUGACAAACACAUAUUUCCAAUUGUAAAUUUUGUUGUAUAUUUUAUUUAUCUGAAUAUCAUGUCUAAAUAAAUCUAUUAUGCAAAGAUUUUACAAUUAGAAUUUUCAUAACUUAUGACUAAGUUAACUAAGUUUAUGAUAUAACUUGUAUUAUAAUUUUUAUUUUAUACAACACCAAAUUUUUUCAUUGUUUAAGAGAAUUUAUAUAACAAAAUUACUUUAAAUUUCUUUUGAAAAAAUACAGAUUAAUGCUUGAUUGAUUAAAUCAAUAAAUUUUUGUUUUUUUUUUCUAGAGUUUUGUGAUAUGUUUUUAUAUUUAAUUAUUGUGUGUAUAGAUUCCCGAGCUUCAUUUAAAGCAUGUAUUGUGUUACAUUUUAUUUUAAAUGGUAUCAGUUAAAAUGUAUAUUUUAAAAUGUUAAAUUAAUUUAGAUUUACUUAGAUAAAUAAAUUAUUACUCCGAAUA